CUGACAUUUGUUAUUUCAAUAGUUGAAAAGGCCAAGUAUUUCUACAUUUCUGGCUUUUUCCUUACUGUAUCUCCUGAUUCGAUACAAUUAGUUGCUGAACAUGCAGUCAAGAACAACAAGUUCUUCAUGAUGAACCUUUCUGCUCCCUUUAUCUGUGAGUUCUUCAAGGAUGCACAGGAGAAAUUUUUGCCAUAUAUGGACUACGUUUUUGGAAAUGAGACUGAAGCAAGAACAUUUUCUAAAGUUCAUGGCUGGGAGACUGAUAAUGUCGAGGAAAUAGCUUUGAAGAUUUCCCAGUGGCCAAAGGCAUCAGGAACGCACAAAAGGAUUACCGUUAUCACACAAGGUGCAGAUCCUGUUUGUGUUGCUGAGGAUGGGAAAGUUAAGUUGUACCCUGUUAUACUAUUACCUAAAGAGAAAUUAGUUGACACGAAUGGAGCAGGAGAUGCGUUUGUCGGAGGGUUUCUUUCACAGUUGAUCAAGGGUAAGCCCAUUGAGGAAUGCGUGAGAGCUGGGUGUUAUGCAGCCAAUGUCAUCAUCCAAAGGCCUGGCUGCACGUACCCAGAGAAGCCUGAUUUUCAUUGAGUGAUUCCGUCUUACUGUUAUGAUUUUUUAUCAUUAUUGAGAGCGAUUUUAAUAGCCGCACUCGAACUAGUGUGGGAUUUUUUAAAUCCCCUAGCUAAGGAAAAUAGGGUGAAAGAGUUGCAGGAGAGAAAAAACUUGAAUAAAUUCAUAUAUUUCAAGUUCGAUCAAGGCAUCAAUUCUCAUUUUGUUGUUUGUUGUCACUUCCAUUUUAGUUGUUUUUUAUGAUGUAUUUGUAGUCCUAUCAGGGCACAUGAAUCUUUAUUAUCAUUGUUGUUUGUUGUCCCCGACUUUCUUCUUUUUC